GAGAGAGAGAGAGAGAGAGAGGACGAUGGAGGAGGCCACGACGGCAAUGACGAUGACGAUAACGACGGCAAAAAGGACGGCAAUGAAGAAGGCAAAUGAGAGGUGAUUUUGUUAUACUAAGUUUGCACAAAUUUCGACGAAUUGUAUGUUCAAUUUGCAUAGAUCUAUUAAUUCUAGUUUGUAUUUUCCUUGUUUUCUCUAAACUUGGGCACCGGCAGGGUCAAGAGGGCUCUACCCGCAGUGGGUGCGGACCAGUUCGACCAAAAGUUCCCGAAAAAGGCCAAGGCUUUGGCCAGUUACUUCAACUUCCUUCUGUUAGCGCCAACAAAGGGUGGUGGUGGGGGUUUCUCAUUUGCACUGUUGUUACUGGUAUUGGGUAUGCUGUGCUCGCUGUUGGAAGGCCUUUCUAUCGGAUCCACUUGCCCGGGGAGAGCCCCGUCAUCAGGAUCGCACAGCUGAUUGUAGUGCCUUUAAAAAAUCAAAGGAUGAAUCUGCCAGAGAGCCUCGAUGAACUCUACGAGAUCAAGGAAAAGGAAUCAAUUUCUCAGGAGGAAAUACUUUCACACACCAAACAAUUCAGGUGAUAUAAUCCAGGCUUAAUUUGACG